UCAAAUUUGUCCAAAAAUUAGAAAAAAACUGGACAAAAAUAUUAACAUGUCCAACAACUGCACUGCAUUACCAGCUGGACAACACAUAUUUCAUGUUAAAGGCAUGGUUGGGGAGUAUGAUGUGAACAUACAGAAGGAGGAGUGUUCUUGUAGGGCAUGGCAGCUCUCUGGAAUUCCAUGUAGACAUGGAGUUGCAUGUUUAAGACAUGAAAGAAUUAAACCAGAGGAUGUUGUCAACAAGUGCUACAACAUAGAUGCUUUCAGAGCUGCUUAUGGCAAGAUCAUAAUGCCAUGUAGUGAUCCUAGAGUGUGGCCUAAAACUAAUGGGCCUCAAAUGCUGCCACCACACUAUGAGAAGAAAGUUGGUAGGCCUGGAAAGAAGAGAAAGAAGAACCCACUAGAGGAGGACAAUGGAACUAGGAUGAGCAGACAUGGCAUUAUUGGACACUGCAGUGUGUGCAAUCAACCAGGACACAACAAAAGAAAGUGCCCUGAACUAGGUAGAGGACAACCAACAGCAGCACAUGAGGCAGGAGCAGAACAAGAUCCAGCAGCAGAACAAUAUCCAGCAGCAGAAGAGGAAGCAGCAGAACAUGUGCAAACAACAGAACAUGUGCCAAUUCAGGUUGUGCUUCCAGAAACACAACAAAGAACUAAACUACCAGUCAAGAGAAGGCCCAGUUGCAAGAAAAAGGCAUGUCCACAAGUGGGCAGAAGUACAUCUAAUAUGAUAUCUUCUUCUAUGAAUUAUGAUCUUGCUUCAUCUACUAUGAUUGAGAUUUUACAGGACCAAGCUAUAGCUACUCAACAAUCUCAAACAGCAGUGCCAGCUCCUCUACCAGAAAGCCAGUUCAUUGCAAACUGCAGAGAUGCCCUGCCAGCUCCAAGAAGCCACACUACUGCUACACUAGGUUUGAAGAGAAGGAAGAAAGUGAAAAAAACUAAGGAGAACAAAGCCCCAACAACUCAGAAGUGAAGAGCUACAAAGAUGUUAUCGAAAGAAGCAGUGUAGGAUGUUUUUCUUUUGCUUAGGAAACAAGGUGGUUUGUAAUGAAACCUCAUGCUAAGAUGUGGCUUUGGGUUUCACACAAACCAUGGAAAUGUAAUACUUUUGUUGCACAACUUCAAGACCUUG